UGUCUGUCCUGGACUCCUCAGCUGCUCACACAGCAUAUGCUUCUGUGGACUGAACUGUAGGCCAGGACCAGGAUCAAGAAGGAUACUGCAGCCACUCCAGAGGAAUAGUCUUCUGUUUACCUCUUUGACAGAGUAGAGGAGGUGACUCCCUAGGUUGAAUCUGUGAGUUAAUUGCCCUAGAAGAGCUUAAGGGCUACAAGUUCACACUUAGCUCUAAAGCAUCACCAACACCAUCAACAAUGGGUAACAGCAAGAGCGGCGCUGUGUCCAAAGAGAUCCUGGAGGACCUGAAACUCAACACCAAGUUCUCAGAGACUGAGAUUGUCCAGUGGUAUGAAAACUUCAAGAGGCAGUGUCCAUCAGGGCGCAUCACAAAAGAGGAGUUUCAGAGCAUCUACAGCAAGUUCUUCCCAGAAAGUGACGCCCAAACAUACGCCCAGCACGUCUUCCGCUCCUUCGACACAAACGACGAUGGCACACUGGACUUCAAGGAGUACAUCAUUGCUCUCCACAUGACAUCAACAGGGAAGACCACCAGGAAACUGGAAUGGGCAUUCUCGCUGUUUGACGUGGACAAGAAUGGAUACAUCACCAAGUCAGAGGUCAAGGAAAUCUGCUCGGCGAUUUUCAAGCUGAUUCCUAAAGAUGAGCUGGAUAGUCUAGCUGAUGACGAAAACACAGCCGAGAAGAGGGCAGACAAACUCUGGACAUUCUUUGAAAAGGGUGAUAAUGAACGAGUGGCAGAGGGAGAGUUUAUCCAGGGAGUGUUGGAUAAUGACGACGCUCUUCGUUUGAUUCAGUACCAGCCUUCGAAGUAACACUCUCCUAGAGAUUCAUUAUAUCUCUCUCCAGUCCUGUCAUUUCCACUUUACCCUUUACUCUGCUAAUGCAAUGACACCUGACAGCACCUUCACAAAUGUGAACACACAGCAGGUGUGACGAUAACGCCCCAUCGCUCAAAAUUAAUGAUGCAGAAUCACCUCCAGGGUUUAAUAGCAUUUGUUACCAAUGUAUGUGUGCUGCCUGAACAGCUUUCUUCAUCAUACAGGAAAUUAAAAAAAUGUUAAAAACUCCACGAUGACUACUGUCUGUCUACCACAAAGUAGACAGUAAUAUCCCCUCAUACAUGACCUAAUUGACAUUUCCCCACAAAUAAAUAAAAUGUGCAUAUGCGUUUCCUGCUAAGUUUAGCCUCCUUUAGAUGGAGCACAUACAUUAUUUCUGAAACUGUCAAUGUUUAGUUUACAUUUCUUAAGAAAAAUGCGAUAAUGGUGUGUUUUAGCAACUCAAGCACACAUUUUAAUAUGAUUUAAUAUGAUAACAAUAUGUCAUGUGCUUUAGUUAAGUAACAUUACCAUGAAAUAUGUUGUUUUUCUUUCUCUUUUGGGCAGCCAAUGCUGGUCUCUGUAGUCUCUGGGAUGUUUUUUAAAACCCUGACCAACAUGUAAAUGCAGCGAGGUGUAACUGUAUCUGGGCCCUUCCUAUUGUCUAAUUUUGUGUCUUUUACAGUCUUCAAUUCAUCCAUGUGGCACAGUCGUACAUGUUUGAUGUUCUAGUUAAGUGGUGCACUCUGGGGAAUAGGUUGUUCAUGUACAACAACAUGUAAAACUAAGUGUUGGUCCCAGAUUUCCCUUUACGAUAAAUUCAAUAAAACAAAC